AUGUCCAGCGUAAGAGUGCUGAAGCAGAACAUCAAGUCGUCGAUCCAGUCCCACAUCGUCCGUAAUCGAUCACCGCAAAGUUGUCAUUCAUCAGCGACAAAAGAGGAGGAUGCUACGCGACGACAGCGCGACGAGGACGCGACGCAAAACGAAGCGACUGAAAGGCGUCUGUCGUGGAAGGGUCGCUGUCGCUGGUGGUGGUCGUAG